CAAAUCCGGCCACUGUAAAACUCAUUCAUUUCAUUUUUAUGCAAGUCAUAUUUUGGAAAAUCGUAACGAAAGUCAUUGUUAUUGGAAUUCUAACCCAUGGCACAUUCCUGUCACUUGUCAUUACUCUUUCUCUUUUCAAUAUUUUUUGUUUCUCUCUCAUUCAUCCUCUUUCUUUUCCUUCAAAAAAUUUUGCAAGAUGUCAACACACAAAAAGAAGACCAGGAAACUGAGAGGGCACGUUAGCCACGGACAUGGACGAAUCGGGAAACAUCGUAAGCAUCCUGGAGGUAGAGGUAAUGCUGGAGGUAUGCACCACCAUAGAAUCAACUUUGACAAAUACCAUCCAGGUUAUUUUGGAAAGUUGGGUAUGAGGAAUUACCAUCUUAGACGUAACACUAAGUGGUCACCAGCAAUUAACCUAGAUAAAUUAUGGACACUUGUUAGUGAACAGACUAGGUUGAAAUAUAAGGACAAUGCUGAUGGAAAAGCACCAGUUAUUGACAUUGUUAAAGCAGGAUACUAUAAACUCCUAGGAAAAGGUAGACUUCCCAACCAGCCUGUCAUCGUCAGAGCCAAGUUCUUCUCCAAAUCAGCUGAAGAUAAAAUCAAGGCUGUCGGUGGAGCUUGCGUUUUGAGUGCUUAAAGGAUGCAUGGCCUCAACAUCUAGGGGAAACAUAUUUGAGCAACAUGUCAUCAUCAAAUCCAAAAAUACAUAAAAAACCUUGAAAUACUGAAAUUAAGGUUAUCAAUGAAAUUUUGUAUUUGAGUGCUUCAAAUAAGAUCAAUAAUGAAUU